AUGGCGUUUAAGGACGUGCGAGAUCUGGGGGAGCAGCUGAAGUUGCUGGGAUAUCCGAAUCACAUUCCAGUGUCCGUUUUAAAUACACCGUACGGCGGGCCGGAGAGCUUUAAAGCGUACUCGGAUGUGCUGCAGUGGCUAAUCAAUCGAUUGGAGCCAAACCAGGCACUGGCCGGUGGAUCUCGCACUGAGCAGGAGCGCAUACUAUUCAUACGUUCGGCGACCGAGUUUCUCGUUACGAAGUCAAGCAUCAAAAUGAAUCCUAGAAAGCUGUACGCCAGUUCUACGGCUGCCUCGCUCGAGCUAUUGAAAGUCACCACACUGCUCAUCUCGUCGCCCAAAGUAACCGGCAAGGAGGAAGAAUCGAUCAAAUCGCACUUAGAGAUCGAUUUUUCGGAUAAAAUCAACGACCUUAAAACAGUAAGGGGUUUGUCAUCAGAGCUAACAAAUAAGGGCGCACUGCUGUAUGAUCUGCUCGUGAAGGAGUUGGUAAACCGAGAAAUUCGUAACGUACAAUCCACUCGACCACUAGAGUUGUCGGUGGCAGAAAAGGUAAUUAGAAAUGCAAUAUCUGCCAUACAGUCAAAGCACAGCAGCAUCAGAACGGCGUUGCAAUCCGUAAAGGUUGAGAACGCAAACCUGGAGUCCAAGAUUUAUCGAAAAUCGUCGGAGUUGGAGCGCUCGAAGCAGCGACUGCAAGCGCUACAAAAAGUACGCCCGGCAUAUUUGGAAGAGUUCGAGAAGCUAGAGGCGGAGCUAAAGGGACUGUACGAGCAGUAUAUAGUGCGAGUCAAAUGUAUGGAUACAUUAAGGGCACAGAUCAUCAACAAAAACCGAACCCCAACGCCAACGUCUCCGAUCGCCAGAAUAACCGACAGUAGCAUGACCAUUCUGCCCGAAGGGCUAAUAGAAUCGGAAGAUGGGCAUGAGCAAGAUGAUGAAUUCGAUGAGCACGACGACGUGAAGUUGAAAACGGAUCGACGCGUGUUGAGAAGUGAGCUGCUGAACCGUGACCGGACGUCCACCAGAUUCCGGACGCGCGUUAGUGAGGACUUACCCAGCGGCAAAGAGCGUGUCAAAAUGAUCGGCAGCAUCGAAGACGAGCUUGGACCACUCGACAGUUCGAUGAGCUCCGGGGAGUCUGAGAGUGAUUUGGAAAUGGGAGAAAAUGGAUUACUGGAUGGUAGCCUUCGCACCGAUGACGAUGAAGACGAAAGCCUCACCAAAAUGCCCAGGGAAAGCUCAACAAUCAAUCGAAGUUCAAAGCAGGAUCUUAGUGAUGAAGACUUCUAA